GUAAAGCGACCCAAUUAUUCUACUUUACACAUUUAGUUUUUAUUUUUUUUCCUUACAUUUUCUUGCAGGCAAACUUUUUCACUCCUUUGAAUAUAUAUUUUUUACUUAUUUACUUGUUAAAACCUCAAUUAUUUAAGUUUUUAUUUUAUUUAAUUUAUAUAUAACACAAAAUGUCCUGCGAUUUAAGUGACCUGGCCAUUACUGAAGCAUAUGAUGAGAUCGUCAGUGGCCAGGAAACUAACUGGCUUAUUCUCGGUUAUCAUGACACAAGAGACAAAAUUUCUUUAUAUUCCAAAGGAUCUGGAGGUCUUGAUGAGCUUCGCAAUAAUCUCAAGGAAGAAGUUCUUUAUGGGUUUUUGAGAAUCGAAAAUAGAUUCGUCUUGUUAACCUAUGUGAGCGAACAAGUCAGUGGUGUACGAAGAGCCCGCGCUUUGGUCCACGGCAGAGCCGUUGGUGCCUUAUUUAAGGCACACCAAAUUCAAAUUAACGCCUCCACCCCAAAUGAUCUUACGGAAACAAAUGUUCGUAAUCGAUUGAAACUCGGUGACCCAGCUGAUUCCCCUUCUACACAAAAACGUCUCAAUAGCACACCUAGUCCGACCGCACAAUCACCAAGUUCUCCAAAACCUAAUCAAGAAGCGGAUUUAGGUGAAGCUGCCAAUAGACAAGAAUCUGAAAGACGCGCACAAGAAGAAGCCGAAAGACAGUCCCGCGAAAAGGGUGAACGCGAUGCUGCAGAUAGACGAAAAGCCGAACAGGUUGCAAGAGAGGCCGCUCAAAGAAGAGCACUUGAAGAGGCCGAGAAAAAGAAAAAUGAAGCUCUUGAACAAGAACGAAAAGAAAAAGCUGCUGCCGAAGCCAAGAUCAAAGCAGAAAAUGAUCGUAAAGCUCGUGAAGAAGCAGAGCGAAAACGUACCGAAGAACUUAGAUCUAAAUUCGCAGAAUUAGAAAAGAGUGGAAAAGUUACAUUAAGUGGUUAUAUUACAGUUCAAGGUGGUGGAGUUUACUUUUGGAAGCGCCGGUUCUUUGAACUCCGUGGAAAGACUUUAUACCUUUUCCGGGAUGAAACUGAUAAACUUCCUAUUUCCAAACUUGAACUUGAUGGACAAGUAACCGGCGUAACAGAUGCGCAAUCCGAAGUAUUGAUACUUAAUUCCUUUAAAGUGGAUUUCCGAUCAUCGGAACCUUACUAUUUCUUUUCGGAUGAUAAAAAGGAUAAGGAAUCGUUUGUUGCGGCUAUAGGCAGAUACGUUAGCACAAAAUAAUUUUUAUACAAAUUAUUUAUUUUAUAAUUUUUAAAUAUGGAUGAAAUUUUGGAGUAUUUAUUUUAUUUAAAAUACUUUAAAGGGCUACAAAAGUUGAAAAACAAAAUGUGAACUAGACUAGAUUUUUAUUUUAUUUCAUUAAUAAUAUUAUUGUUUUGGUCUAGAUAUAAAUUAUUUUCAUUUUAUUUUAUUUCAUACAUUAUACUAUAUACAAGUUGUAUUACUUUUUCAAUUAUUCUAUUUUAUUCUAUUUUAUUUUU